AAUUCAUCGCAUUUCCUCACUCACAUUCUUUAAGUACAAUCUUUAAGUAUACGAAUACCAUAUCAGACUACGUGGCAGGCACCACAUCUCCCUGAGGAUUUUCGAUCUCAGCUCAAUACUAAUAAAACUCACCUUAGCUAUAACUAAGAACUAUCCAACAUUUGGACACACAUCUAGAAGAUAGGUGCGAUAAAAAGAAAAAAAGAAGAAAGGAUAAAUUAGCAAAAAUGUGUUACGUCUACAUAGUACGUAGAUAUAUCUGCAACCACCAGGAGAUAUCUCCAGACGCGCAGCAAUGCGGGUUUUGUCUAUUAGGCCCGGGAAUAUGCGAUUCGACAGAGCUAGGGCGUUACCGCAUUUGCCAGGUCACACUAAACCAGUACUGCCGGCGGUGCGAGGGCGUCGCUAGCAGCAUGGUUAAUCACGCAGGGCAAUGGAAGUCCGGCGCUCGGGGGCCUCAGGCCUCGAUGAAAGAGAGACAAAAGCAGAGUGGAACAUUGAAAAAGCUGAAGGAGAACUCGAACACGCCGGCCCAUGGACCCAACAAUAGGCGCGUGGGCCAUCUCAACGUCAUGAUGCAGCGGAACCUGAAGGCAGCUCUCCAGCGCGGCGACAUCUACGUGCCUCAGACAUUCGCUGAUAUCCUGAGGUACAUCGAGUCUCUUCCGCGGUGGCUUAACCGCAAAGGGCUGGUUGCCUUGAUGGAGCCGUGGUUCGCGCAGAUGUUUGACGAGGAGCAGCAAAAUAGCCUGCGUCCUACGCUUAAAGCCGUGAAUUGCGAGGGCAUGCUUGAUAAUGUCAUGAUUUGGACACAGGGUUGAUUUACCAACGGGGGUAUCGAGGCACAUGCGAGGUAGUUAUGCUCAUGAAUUAUAUUAUUAAUAUGAAAGCAGACUGGUCUAGGUAAACGUUUAAUAGCAAUGAUCGGGUUAGCAUAGGAGUUGAGUAGUCUGUCAAAAUGCUUUCUAUAAUAAAGAUACACUUAAAUAUAAUAUCAGGACCCGGACGUGUAAAAGGAGAGUUGAUUGAAGUUGAAUGUCAAAACUGUACAUAGUGCGUUGAGAGGUUACUACUCUUUAGUGGUGUAAUGGUAUGUUCGACAAUACUCCCAAGAGUCGCUACGCACACGGGAAAGGCUACAGGCCUCUGAGAAGCCACUUCACCUGGUGUCUGGUAUAUAACCACAGGUAUACUAUUUGACUGGACAAGGCAAGUAUUCAACGGUAUGAAUCGCGGAAUAAUUAAUAGAAUAUAAAUAGACAAGCUCACUAUCGACUAUAGA